UACAGAGGUUUAUGAAUUCAUAUUUUUGUAUAUGUAUAUUGAUCGAAAAGACGACAGCAGAGUUAGGAUUGCAUUGUUUACAUGUCUCCUGCAUGAAGGCAUGAACAAAGUAUUUAUGAGAUUGCGCCACAAGGAGGCGCCAUUUGCAAAAUAAUUGUAUCUGACAGGCAUAACAGGUGCCCCUUUUUUGGUUGCGCAAUAAUUCUAACAAACAACACACGUUUAAAAUGGUGCGUCUUUUAAAAGGUUAAAACAAAUAUCUAAUACGCCAUUUGACCCCAAAACCCGAGCUACGUUGUCACUGCAACACACGUCUACAGUUUUUACUUUUUCCAUGGCUACAGAUUUGUUUAAUUAUUUUGACAUAGAUUAAUAAGUGUUUCCGUUCGUCAGCAUCCUCCCUUCGUAUUACACAAGAAAAGAUGAGAACAUUCCGAGCCUGGGAAGUUCGCAUCCUUUCAUCAGCACCCUUCCCGGUACUCUCACUCACUCACCCCCUCCCUCCUCACCCGCUACCCUAAGGGUGUCGCGAGCGCGCACGCGCGCGAAACUGCGUGGGAAUGGCUGUUCGCGCGAUCGAGGGGGUUGGGCCGCUCGGAGCGAGCGGAGAGCUGCAUGAGUUUGUAAUGUCCGCCAUGUUGGCCAUGGCGUAUUGAACCGGGGAGGAACAGCGGAGCCUACGGAGAAAAGAGACCGACGGAGAGCGACCGAGAACGGGCCUGCCCCGGCUCUCUGCGCGCUGCUACGGACCCGUGAGCCUGCCCUCGAUCGACAGGCUGACCGUCGCCAGAUUCAUCCAUGAGAACUCGAAGCAGACCGGCUGUUAUUCCUAGCAGAUCGAAUAGAUUUAUGCUGCAUCUUUUAAUAUAAAAAAAAAAAAAAAAACAUGAGUAAAUUGUCGUUUCGGGCGCGGGCGCUGGAUGCUAGUAAGCCCCUGCCCGUCUUCCGCUGCGAGGAUUUGCCAGACCUGCACGAAUAUGCCUCGAUCAACCGGGCGGUGCCGCAGAUGCCGACCGGCAUGGAAAAAGAGGAGGAAUCGGAGCACCAUCUCCAGCGCGCCAUCUCUGCGCAGCAGGUGUACGGCGAGAAGCGGGACAGCAUGGUCAUCCCCGUCCCCGAGGCGGAGCGCAACAUCACGCACUACGAGUCCCUCUACCCCGGGGAGUUCAAGAUGCCAAAGCAGCUUAUUCACAUACAGCCUUUCAGCCUGGACACGGAGCAGCCGGACUACGACCUGGAUUCCGAGGACGAGACGUUUGUGAAUAAGCUGAAGAAGAAGAUGGAAAUCACGGCCCUGCAGUUUGAAGAAAUGAUCGACCGACUGGAGAAGGGCAGCGGACAGCAGCUCGUCACCCUGCAAGAGGCCAAACUGCUGCUGAAGGACGACGACGAGCUGAUCAAGGAGGUGUUUGACUACUGGAGCCGCAAGAGGAAAGUCAGCAAGGCCGGCUGCCUCAUCCCCAACGUCAAGCAGGAGAAGAGGGACGGCUCCAGCACCAGCGACCCUUAUGUGGCCUUCCGCCGACGGACGGAGAAGAUGCAGACCAGGAAGAACCGAAAGAACGACGAGGCAUCGUAUGAGAAGAUGCUGAAGCUGCGCAGGGACCUGAGCCGAGCCGUCACCAUCCUGGAGAUGAUCAAGAGGCGGGAAAAGAGCAAGCGGGAACUGCUGCACCUGACGCUGGAGAUAGUGGAGAAGAGGAAUGGAAUGCCCGACUUCGGCAGUGAGGUGAUGGCCGAGGCGCUAGCACAGCGAGCUCUGGUGAAGCCUGUGUACACCAUCCCCAUCAUCCCCCCCUCCAGCAGCAACCAGUACAGACACCAGGACCACAUGGACAUGAAGGACUACAAGAAGCCGGAGAAGAUGGAGGCGGUGCGAACCAAGAGGAAAUACGAAAAGAAGCCCAAGAUCCCCCCCCUGUCGGCGCCUCAGCAUUCAGGGCCCUCCGUGUUCAAUCCCAAGGACCUCAACCAGUACGAUUUCCCCAGCUCGGAUGAGGAGCCCUUCUCACAGAUCCAUUCAGGCUCCUCCGAGGCAGAAGAGGAGAAUGACCCAGAUGGCUGCUACGCGUUCAGGAGGAAGGCCGGCUGUCAGUACUACCCUUCCCGUCCGGACCAGAGUGGCAGCUGGCCCUGGGUGGGCCCGUCAGAGGGUGGGCUCGGAGACCCGCGCUUCCGCUACUGUCUGACCUCACUGAACGUGCCAAGGCGCUGCAUAGGUUUGGCGCGGCGCCGUGUGGGCAGGGGGGGCAGGGUCUUGUUGGACAGAGCGCACACGGACCUAGACGCCGCCUGUCAAAGUCUGGACUCGGACCCGGAGCCCGAGCCGCUCGCGUCGCCACUUCCUCGUUCCCCGCUCCGCAGCACCAACGCCAGUACCUCAGAAACCAAUACCUCGGACCCGGCCCGCCCCGCCCACCUCCCCUCCUCCGCGUCGCCGACCCCCGUGGACCUCAGCCAGAUCCUUUUGAACAUUAAAUGUUGCCGCUGGAGGCACUUCAGACCACGGACGCUAUCCCAUCGCCUCUCGGGGGGGGGAGACUUGUCUCGCAGGGGAUUUAGGGAAUUUAGGGAUUUUAGCCGGACUCUGUCAGGACUAACCCGCACUCUCUCUGGAGGGGCCGGCUCCCAGAACCGCACCGGCCCGCCUCCGCCCCCCGUCCACGUGUUGACGGCAGAGCAGUACCAGCAGCACCAGGAUCAGCUGGUGCUGAUGCAGAAGCAGCAGCAGAGCCAACAGCAGCAGCAGCAGCAACAGCAGCAACAAGCCAUCCCCCCCGCGGCCCCUCCUCCCAGCACGCAGGCCCUCGCGUCUAAGACGCUGGACCAGGCCAGCGCCCAGUUCGCUGCCUCGGCCCUCAUCACCACCGACCAGCUGCUGGCCUUCAAGUCCAAAGAGGAGCUGGUGCUGGCGGGCGGAGUCAACGGGGUCCUGGCCGGUGCCGGUGUUUUCAAAGGCUUGCAUCUCUCCAGCGGCACGGCGGCCGCUCUCCAGACCAACCAGUCGACGCACGCCACCAACACCCCCACCUCCCUCCAGCCCUCCUCCAACUCCACCACCCCGUCGCCCGCCAACGCCGUCCCCGCCUCCCUCGCCUCCACCCCCAGCGCAGCGGCGGCUCUGGGGUUCCUGGGAUGCGGCGCCGCCAGCGCCCCCACCGCCACCACUCAGGUCCUCCUCGGGAACAACAUCUGUCUGAGCGUGCCGUCGGGCGGACGCCACAUCCCCCGCGCCCUCGGCAUCGUGCCACCUUCUGCCUUAAAGCUGUCGGCCACCACCAACCUGCAGAUGCCCAAAGUGUCCGGAGCGUCGUCCAUGGACAUGGGCUCACGGGAUAAUCACGACGAAGACAAGCCAGCACUGAACAGUAUAGCGGACAACACAGUGGCCAUGGAGGUGACGUAGUAGCAGGGCGGAGAAGGCUCCACUCUUUAGGUGCUGUGCAUCGUAGCAUCGGGGAUGCAGAAGGGACAGCAGGACGAGGACGGCCGAUUCUCAUCUCUCAUACUUUUUAAAAGCUUUUUUUUUUUUUUUUUUUUAAGUAAAAGAUUGACACCUGUAAAUUAUGAAUAUGGCAAAAUGAGUAACUGUACAGUAACUACAUAUUUGUAAUACCCCUCCCCCCUUGUAUAUAUAUUACUUGAAUACAGAACUGUCCAUUUGUGAUGUUUUGCACUUGGGAGUCCAACUUACAGGAGAAAAAAAAAAAGAAA